AUCAAAUCGUGUUUGAGAAAAGUGUCGAUGGCGAAGAGCAACAAAUAUAAAACUUUUCGACGUCUUUAAUUUAGUCUAAAUUCUUAUUCAUUCAGCCAAAAAUGGCCGAUUCUACCGUUUGCUUUUCGAAGCACAAGAUCGUUCCGGAUAUCUUGAAGACAUGUCCCACGAGUUUGCUUAAGGUGACUUACGACGGUGGUCAGGUGGUGGACAUGGGCGGGGAGCUGACCCCCACACAGGUACAGAAUCAGCCAAAGGUUGAGUGGGAUGCUGAUCCAAACGCCUUAUACACGCUGAUCCUCACCGAUCCGGAUGCGCCCAGUCGCAAGGAUCCCAAGUUCCGCGAGUGGCACCACUGGCUGGUGGUCAAUAUUCCAGGCAACCAAGUGGAGAACGGUAUGGUUUUGACCGCGUAUGUGGGCUCUGGUCCGCCACAAGGCACUGGGCUCCAUCGCUACGUAUUCGUGGUCUUCAAGCAGCCGCAGAAGCUCACGUGCAGCGAGCCCAAAAUCCCAAAGACGACCGGUGACAAGCGAGCCAAUUUCAGCACAUCGAAGUUCAUCAACAAGUACAAGCUGGGGGAUCCCAUCGCCGGCAACUUCUUUCAAGCCCAGUGGGACGACUAUGUGCCCAAGUUAUACAAACAGCUAUCCGGCAAGAAGUAGAUCAGCCUCAUAAUACCACAAUAGGUUGCCAAUGUCAAAACAAAGUGUUUAUUAUUUUAUUGUUACUGUUUUGAAAUUCACACAAAUAUUCCUGUAAAAAAAUGUUUGCUAAAAUAAAUAAAUUACUUGAGAAACGCA